AAAAAAAAACAAAACAGAAACCUCUAAAAAAAAAGUGCAAAAUUUAAAAAGCCAACCCAUAAGCUAGAGUAGCAAACACAUCAAUAAUAGAAGCUUGGAGAAGUAGUAGAGGAGCCAUUUUGGGCCCCAAACUUUGUGCCGUUCGCCUAUCAUAGAGUAUUAAGCUUUACUGGUUUUGAUUUUGUUACUUAUCAAUAAUGGCUAACACAGAAAAGUUGGAGAAAGAAACUGAGUUUUUCUUCGAAAAUGAGGAUGAUGACGAUGACAUUGAAGGUAGAGGUAGCAGCGAGAGUGAUGAAGAAGAGCCACCCAACGAUGAUGAAUCAUAUUUCUCCUCUCAUCAAUGGCCUCAGAGUUAUAAGGAAACAAUUGAUUCUCACAUAAUAUCUCCAAAUUUUGGAAGUCUUGGACAUGUUCGAAGUCUUAUAUAUUCGAGCUUUGGGGGUCAUAGUAAAAGUAGUUUAGACUCGGAAACUAGGCUUCCUCUGCUGUCUGAUAGAAUUUCUCAAAAGGGUGACUCAGGUAGGAUCUCAAGAACACAAUCGUCAUGGUCAGAUAAAACUCAGCUAAAUAAGCAGCUGACUGGUGAACUACCAAUUGCUCAGGGAUGUAGCUUCACUCAAACUGUCUUUAAUGGAAUUAAUGUAAUGGCUGGUGUUGGGUUGCUCUCUACCCCGUUUACAGUGAAAGAAGCUGGAUGGGCAAGUUUGGUAGUGCUAGUUCUUUUUGCUGUUGUUUGCUGUUAUACAGCCUCUCUUAUGAGGUACUGCUUUGAGAGCAAAGAAGGUAUAAUAACAUACCCUGAUUUAGGAGAAGCUGCAUUCGGGAAAUAUGGGCGUUUGAUCUUAUCUAUCUUUUUGUACACGGAAUUAUAUUCUUAUUGUGUGGAGUUUAUAAUUUUGGAAGGAGAUAAUCUUACCAGGCUAUUCCCUGGAACAUCCUUGAAUUUGGCUGGUUUGCAGCUGGACUCCGCACACUUCUUUGGAAUAUUAACUGCGCUGAUUGUUCUGCCAACUGUUUGGCUGAGGGAUCUUCGUUUGAUUUCAUACCUUUCAGCUGGUGGGGUGAUUGCGACAAUUUUGAUUGUUCUAUGUGUAUUUUUACUCGGCACAGAUGAUGCCAUUGGGUUUCAUGAAACUGGUGAAGAAGUGAAAUGGAAAGGCAUUCCAUUUGCCAUUGGUGUUUAUGGGUUUUGCUAUUCUGGUCAUUCUGUGUUUCCAAACAUCUACCAGUCUAUGGCAGAUAAAAGAAAAUUUAGUCAGGCACUGAUAAUCUGUUUUCUGUUGUGCAUUCUAUUUUACGGAAGUGUUGCAGUCAUGGGAUUUCUGAUGUUUGGUCAAAGUACAAUGUCUCAGAUAACUCUGAAUAUGCCAAGAGACUCCUUUGUCUCAAAUGUUGCAUUGUGGACAACGGUUAUCAACCCAUUCACUAAGUAUGCUCUCUUAUUGAAUCCUUUGGCAAGGAGUGUAGAGGAGCUGAUGCCUGCAAGAGUUUCAAACAGUCCUGGGUUUUACAUUCUUCUCAGGACAGCACUUGUUACUUCUUCCGUUUGUGCUGCCUUCCUUCUUCCUUUCUUUGGUCUCGUUAUGGCCUUAAUUGGUUCUCUCCUCAGUAUACUAGUGGUAAGCAUGCACCUCCAUUUAAUAGUUACAUACUCUGAGUACAUUACGGCGAUUAUAAUGCCAGCAUUAUGCUUUCUGAAGAUCGUGGGGAAGAAAGCUACAACCAUUCAGAUCAUUUCGAGUGCGGCGAUUGCGGGUUUAGGCAUCGUUUGUGCGAUCCUGGGAACAUAUUCUUCAGUGUCACAGAUUGUGAAGAGCUACUGAAACAUUUCAAUAAGCUCUUAUUUUGUUGAUUUAGAGAAUAGAAAUUAAGCCUCUAUACUAUUAUUAUUUUAUCUUCCAGGGGAAUAUUGAACUCACGUUUACUAAUAAAUAAAGGAAUACCUUUUAUGAGAA